AUGAAGAUGAUGCUGCUUCCUCUGCUACUCCUUUUCUCUGCACUGCCUGCUCUUAUAGCAGAAUCUUCUAAUUAUUCUGAUCGUGAAGCUCUGAUUGGUUUCAAGGCUGCUCUCUCUUUCGAUCCAUAUAAUUCUUUGCUCGAUUGGUCUCUCGGUCACAUCUUUUGCAAUUGGACUGGUGUUACCUGCUCUCCUCCUCCCCAGCAUGUGGUUUCCUUGAAUCUCACAGGUAUGGGAUUACUUGGCCCCAUCUCUCCAUUACUGGGAAAUCUUUCCUUCCUUAGAGUACUUGAUCUCUAUAAUAACAGCUUGCAGGGCCAUAUUCCAUACCAAAUUGGAAAUCCUUUUAGAUUGACAACGCUUCGGUUGUCUCGUAACAAUUUGGAAGGUCCCAUUCCAUCCUCUCUAGGAGGUUGUCGUUCUUUACAAUCUCUCAUACUGUCGUUUAACAAUUUAAGUGGAAGCAUUCCAUCUGAAUUUAGUCUUCUUUCAAAUUUAGAAACCAAGGCAAUAGAAGUAAACCAAUUGACAGGCUUUCUCCCACCUUUCAUAGGCAACAUGUCCUUCUUAACUACAUUAAAGUUGUCUGAAAAUAGAUUCCAAGGUAGCAUUCCUGUUGAAUUGGGUAUGCUUAGUCAGCUCAACUGGCUUAGUCUUUACACCAAUAACUUAACAGGGUCACUUCCCAUUGCCCUAUCCAAUUGCACUCAUCUCAAUCUCACUGGAGAAAUACCCUCCUCACUGGGUAAUUGGACUCAGCUUCAAGAGCUUUAUCUGGAGCGCAACAAACUGAGAGGCGCAGUACCCCUGGUAUUUGGGAAAAUGAAGCAACUCAGACGGUUUGUUUUGUGGAAGAACCAUUUUGUGAGUGGAGGCAGUGGUUUGCCCAUUUUAACAGAGUUGAUAAAUUGCUCCAGCUUGGAACAACUUGAUUUGGGUUUAAAUUAUCUCACUGGCGUCUUGCCCAAUUCAGUUGGCCGCCUGUCCAAUUCACUCUCCUUUCUUGCAUUGAACUAUAAUGAAAUUGGGGGGAACAUACCAGAUGAGAUUGGUAACCUCACAAACUUGGCAACAGUAACCCUGGAAGCAAACAGCUUCAAUGGGACCAUUCCAUCUACACUCAGUAAACUAACAAAUCUGGAGAGAAUAUUUCUGGACAAAAACAAUUUAGAAGGAACAAUUCCAGAAGGUUUUGGCCAAUCCAGAAGGCUUGGAUUAUUGUCACUUAGCGAAAACAUGCUUUCAGGGCCAAUUCCAGAGAGUCUUGGCAACCUCCAACAAUUACGAGUGCUUGAUCUUCAUCGCAAUCAACUGUCAGGGGAAAUACCUGCUAGUUUAGGGAGAUGUCAAACUUUGGAAAUGCUGGACUUGGCUUACAACCAACUUACAGGAAAUAUACCUCCUGAAGUUGCAGGUCUUCAGAAUCUCCAUUUCUACUUUAACCUUUCUAACAAUUUAUUUAAAGGUUCAAUUUUGGAUGUGAGCAAAAUGGUUAUGGUUUUAGCUGUAGAUUUAUCUAACAAUUAUUUCUCUAGUGGCAUUCCAAGCGCUCUAGCAAGCUGUACGGCUUUAGAAUAUCUAAACCUUUCUUGGAAUGCAUUUGAAGGCCCAAUUCCAGUGUCUCUGGCAACACUAAAAAAUCUUCAAGACAUGGACUUUUCCGGCAACAAUUUGUCAGGUACAAUACCAGUGACUUUUCAAGACAUGAAAAUGCUUCGCCAUCUAAAUCUAUCUUCAAACAGGUUAACUGGAGAGGUUCCAAAGGGAGGGGUUUUCUCAGAUCUUGGAUCCUCGGCAGUUGCAGGAAAUCUUGGCCUCUGUGGUGCAUGGAUAAAUUUACCGCCUUGCCUUAAUUUCAAGUCCAAGCACAAAGGGCUAUCAGUCUCCCAUAAGGUACUAAUUUAUGUUCUUGUCAGCAUUGUAAUACUAGUCCUGUGCUUUGUAUUGCUUGCAUUUUCCUAUAAAUGGAUAUAUAAGAGGCGGAGCAUCUCUACUGACAAAAUGGACAAGGGUUCCUCUACUGAAACUGACAUUGUAGAUCAGAGUACCCUUGAUCUCCAUGUAGAACCCACAAGGAUUUCAUAUGAAGAACUUGUGAGUGCAACUCAUGGCUUUAGUGAGACGAAUCUGCUAGGGAAGGGUGGCUUCGGAUCAGUUUAUAAAGGAAUUCUGAAUAAUGGGAGAAAUAUUGCUGUCAAAGUUCUUAAUUUCCAAGAUAAAAAUGCCAAUAAAAGUUUUAUUACAGAAUGCAAUGCACUGAAAAGAGUUAGACACCGCAAUGUGAUUAAAAUCAUAACAGUCUGUCCCAACCCUGUUCUUAAAGCUUUGGUUCUUCCAGUCAUGUCAAAUGGAAGUUUAGAUAGGUGGCUGUACCCAGAGGGAGGAGAUGAAUGCAAACUGAAUUUAAAUGAUAGAUUAACAAUUGCUCUAGGAAUAGCCCAGGGGAUGGAGUAUCUACAUCAUUAUUGUUUAGUACAAGUGAUACAUUGUGACCUGAAACCAAGUAAUGUGUUAAUGGGUGAUGAUAUUACUCCAUAUAUAGCAGACUUUGGCAUUGCAAAAGUGGUUUUUGGAAACUCUCUUGAUUCAUUGGCUUCUACAAAUGCACUUCAAGUAUCUUUUGGUUACAUGGCACCAGAAUAUGCAAUGGGUGGAAAGAUUGGGACAAUAGGAGAUAUAUAUAGUUAUGGUAUUUUACUGCUAGAGCUUUUGACAAGGAAGAAGCCAACAGAUGCAAUGUUUACAGAAGGAUUGACUCUUCCUAAAUGGGUAAGUAUGAAUUUUCCAGAUGACAUAGCAGAAGUGGUGGAUUACACCCUACUUAGAAAUGUGAAUGAAUCAGAAAUUUUCCAGAUGACAUAG